AUGGGAGGGAGAGAGGGGGGAGAAGGACUUACCGGGCUGCCUAGAGACUCUUUAGGCCCAUUUAUGACGGAUAACGGAAACCCCCCUCGUAUUACCGCGACUGCUGGCACGAGUUGGCUGGAUCAAGGUUGCCCUCAUUGUCCAAAAUUCCCCACUGCUGCCGACCCUCGGUCGGGUGGCCCUUGUUUCAGUGCCACUGUGACUGAUUACCCUUUCAGGCCAGCUAUGGUUCAUCGACUUGGUAGGCCGUUACCUCCACCAACUAUCUAUUCCAAUAAAGGCCCAUCUUCAGUCGAAAAGCUUCCUUUUACGGCAUUAAACCGAAGCUGA